AUGCAAGCAGCCAACCGUCUUCAAAAAGCCCUAAAGGCAGGCAAUCCAGCCUACGGGGCAUGGCAAAUGCUCCCCGGCACAAACCUGACCCGCACAAUAUGCAGAUCAGCGCCCAACAUUGACUGGCUCCUGGUGGACUUGGAGCACGGCAACAUCUCCGAUGAUGCAAUGCACGAGAUUGUAGCAGCCAGUGCCGCCUGCGGAGUAUCACCCAUCGUGCGCGUCAUGGAGGGGGGACGCUCGAUGAUCAAACGAGCGUUGGAUAGUGGCGCGCACGGGAUCCUAGUCCCUGUCAUCGAGACCGUUGAAGACGCGAAGAAAGUUGUCGAAUAUUCGAAAUUCCCCCCACUUGGAAAGCGGGGUUUUGAGCCACUCCUGGCCGUGGAGAAAUUCGUCGAGCAGCAUCCACACGGUGGCAGGGUUAGACAACUCACCGGCAUGGAGUAUCUGCGACAGGCAGAUAGCUCUCUCGUAAUUGCGGUUCAGAUUGAGAGACAGGGCGCUCUUGAUAAUGUCAGCGAAAUCGCGGCCAUCCCUGGUAUUGAUGUCCUCUUCAUCGGACCUUUCGACCUCGGCAUGAAUAUUGGUCACCCCAUUGACGACUCGGGUGCGUACGACCAGGAACUUCUUGACGCAAUCGAGAUGGUUCACGCGGCGGCGAAAUCAGCUGGGAAAUCAUGUGGAAUCUACUGCGAUACCGGGGAAGAAGGAGGAGAGUAUUCGAAAAAGGGGUUUCAGAUGAUUAGUGUUAUGACUGAUAUGAUUGGGAUUCGAAAGGCUUUUGGACAGGCUUUUAGUGCUACUUUAGAUAGGCAGGGCGUCUAG